UUCCCUGAAUCCCCUCCCUCCUCCUCCUCCUCCUCCUCCUCCUUUAUUCUCGUCUUCUCCCUCUUUUAUCGGAGUGUUCGUGGCCCCCACAUUCUCACAGCGACUCAGAGCUGCCGAGCGUCACAUGCCACAAUGAGCACCCUACCGAGCAGCUUCCUCUUCCUCCUCCUCCUCCUCUGCCUCCCUGUCCUCACUGAGGCCAAGCGGCCGUCUGGUCAGGGGAAACCUGACAAACCUCGCCAGCCUCCACCGACCCCCACACCGGCCAAGAGACCCAGAAAUCGCUCAGUGCCCGGCUCCGGAGAGCUGACCACCAAGGGCGGGCAUCGUUGCACCUGGCAGACAUCUGGUGAAGGCCUGGUGAGCCUGCUGGUGAACUGCAGCACUGAGACACUGGGAGACCAGCAGAGGUACUCAUGCCGUUAUGCCGGUAAACCAGACCUUUGUCAGGCCUAUGGGGUGAAGUCCAGUCAGUACUGGAAGCAGCUGGUGGGUAAGCUGAAGAAAAGGCAGAAUGCCUGUGAAGGAGAGAAGGUCAUGAAAGCCAAAACCUGCAAGAAGGCGCCUGUUGAGGCCCACAUGAAGCUCGCUGAGCGCAGCGGAGAGGAGGAGAGGAAGGGAGGGAAGGAAGGAGGGAAGAAGAAGGUGUCGCUGGCCAGUAAGAGCUCAGAUGGAGAGAAGAAGAAGAAGAAACAAGAAGAGGAGGAAGAAGAGAAGAAGAAGAAAGAGGAGAUAACUGGAUUUGGGGAUGAAGGAAUGGUGAACGACAUGGAGCCGGUGCAGAGCUACUGCAGCGAGGGGUGGCACGCCGUCUGCUCCUUCUUUGUCAAGUUUUUUGAGGGUUGAUAGGAAAUUAUAAAGCAAAUGCAAAGGUAACUUUUAAUACAUGAUGGCGCAAUUUCAAGAUCUGAAAACAACUGAAAUAAAGAUGUUUUUUAAUCAUACUGGAAGCAUCAGGCAGCAAAGGUAUUUUUGAUUUUGUCUUUAACUUUGAGCUGUUCAAGUAUAAAGUUGAUCACAUUUUUAAAUAAGCAUCAUCAUUAGAUUAAAACUUUUCAGAUGCUGAGUAGGAUUUGGUCUCAAAGCAAAAUGAAAUUAUGAACCUUUACUUUUGUUCUUUAUGAAUUUAGGCCCCAGGCAUCUAAUUUCUAAUGCUAGAAAUAAUCAAAACUCUGCAACCUAAAAUACAGCCAUUAAAUCAAUCCCAUCAAUACUGACAGCAAGCUAUGAUUCAUAAACGUUCAUCCCAGUCAUCAGAAACACGGAGCAUCUGCUGAUUUGUAUUAACAGAGUAUGUUUAGCUUGGGGACAUCUUGUGUCACAAUAUGUUGUUUUUUCUCCUCUAGAAAUGUCAAAUCAGAUAAAACCGAACAGUUGAGUUGUAUAAACUGUUUAAUCUAACAUAAAAAUAAUGUCCCUGUGGACAAUAACAAGUCAGUGAGCAUCAGUGAUGAUAGUAAUGAUUACUUGAUGAAUAGAUUUGUCAUUUAUUCUCGUCUCUGAAGCCUCUUCUCCCCUAAAAUGUGACCAUAGGUUAUUUGUACAAGCAGCUUAUUACAGCCAUAGUGGAGUUUAGUGGUUAAGCUACAUGUUGUGGUUGUGUGAGACGCCAUCAGUUUCAGCAAAGGCCCCAGAACAACGUCUAUGUUCACACCCUCUAGUGGUCGUAGUAAUGUUGGCGGGAGAGCAGGAGGAAGUCAGGUGACGUUUUAGAGUGACAAAGUCCCCUUAGGGAGGAGGAUGGGGUGGGUGUUCAGGAUGACAAACGCUGGACAGGAGGCCCCUGCUACUGUUUCCAACUGACAGUUCAGCUUUAUUCACAUUUAUUACUGCAACCUUCACGACAAACGUCCCCAACGACGUUUUCCUAAACCUAACCAAACCUUUACCACAUCACUCACACAUUAUAAAAAUGCUAGCUAUUUAUUUUUCCAGUUUUUAGCAACGCAUCAGUGACCAAGUAGCGGCUCCUAUGGGUCGUAUCAGAGUGUGCGGACAAAUGACCUACUGUCUGUGGUUGUUUACGGCGGAUGGCUCGGUGUGUUUUUCUGAAGUGGAACUAAUAUUUUCAAUAACCUUGUGUAACUGUUUUGUAAAAGCAAUCUGGUUACUGCUUGAUGUGACCUGUGUCAGUUAAAUUUGUGCAGCAAUUUUUAUAUAUUUGCAGGACUAAUUUUAACACUGUUUCUGGAAUUAAAGAAUAAACAAAGUG